UUCACAGGACAAAGAGCUGCUCUGGCUUGGUUCCUGACUCAAUGGGUUUACUCAGAGCCAGUCAGCUCGCAGUGAGAGCUGCCGGAUGCCGCUCGAGCCCUGUUUCAAAGAUAAAAUCAUGGCUUUCCACCAGAGCUGCACACUUGGGGGACACGAACAUCCUCCUGAUGGGUCCUCCCGGGGCAGGAAAGACCACGGUGGGGAAGAUCGUGGCCUCCAGACUGGGACUGCCUGUCGUAGACAUCGACGACGACGUCUUGGAGGCGGCGUGGAAGAUGCCAGUAGCUGCCAAACUGGCGGCGGUCGGCGGUGAGCGCUUCUUGGAGGAAGAAGGUCAGGCUUUGUGCAACUUCUCCGCCAGCCGCUGCGUCGUUUCCUUGACAGGUUCCAACCCUCUGCAUGCCGAGGCCAUGCAGCACGUCAGAGACAGUGGCCUGGUCGUCUAUCUGGACGUGGACGGCGAGGACAUCCUCCGCAGGCUCGAGAGGAUGAAGGUGAACAGGAUCGUGGGACAGGAGGCAGGAGUGUCCAUGAGGGAUGUUCUGCUUCACAGGAAGCAGUUUUACGAGAAGUGGCUGGAUGUGCGGGUGUUGUGUGGAUCCGGAGAGACGGUGGAGGAGGUAGCAGACAAGGUGCUGAAGGCCGUGGAUCGAUACAGAAACCACGAUGAGGAAACGUACGUCUCGACAAGGGGGACGAGCACAGAACCGUCGACUGAGAAGAAGCACUUCAGCGACGUGGUGGUGGAGGGUCUCGCUGCAGACGGAGGCCUCUACGUUCCCAAGAAAGGCUUCCCGAGGAUCGAUGCACGCGAGUGGAUGAGAUUAGCCGCCAUGUCAUACCCAGAACGGGCUUCAGUUCUUCUUGAAAAGUGCAUCCACCCUCAGGACGUCUCUGCUCUGGAUCUCAGAGCAAUGGUGACCAGCGCUUACGGGUCAAACUUUUCCAGCGAAGCAGUCGCGCCGGUCAGACACCUCGUCAGGAACCAGUACGUCCAGGAGCUGUUUCACGGCCCCACCGCCUCCUUUAAGGACCUCGCCUUGCAGCUGAUGCCUCAGCUCUUCGCCCACUGCCUUCCACCCAUGUGCAACUUCCUCAUCCUGGUCGCCACGUCUGGAGACACGGGCAGCGCCGUGCUCAGCGGCUUCAGCAGGCUGAGCGCCGCCGACAGACGCCGCACGGGAGUGCUGGUGUUUUUCCCCGAGGACGGAGUGAGCGAGAUCCAGAAGCUCCAGAUGACGAGCUACAGGGAGGGGAACGCCAAGGCCGUCAGCGUCCGGGCGGACUUUGACUUCUGCCAGAGGAGCAUCAAGAGGAUGUUUGGAGAGGCGGGGCUCACCGGGCACCUCGCCGUGGAGUACGCCACUGUGCUCAGCACCGCCAACUCCAUCAACUGGGCGCGGCUGCUGCCUCAGGUGGUCUAUCACUCCUCCGCCUACCUGGAUCUAUGCAGGGACGGUGUCAUCAGCUUCGGAGAUCCCAUUGAUGUUUGCAUCCCAACGGGCAACUUCGGCAACGCCAUGUCCGCAGUGUACGCCAAGGAAAUGGGAAUCCCCAUCAGGAAAGUCAUCUGUGCGUCGAACCGCAACCGGGUCAUCGCCGACUUCAUCGCCAGCGGUGAGUACGACCUGCGGGGACGGCCGCUGAUGCCCUCCCACUCCCCGGCCAUAGACAUCCUCAAAUCCUCCAACCUGGAGCGCUUCAUCCACCACGUGUCGGGGUCGGACGGCUGCCUCGUCCGGGACCUCUUCGCUCGCUUAGACGCGCAGCUGCACUUCCGCGUUCCCGAGCCGCUCCUCGGCCGGCUGCAGCGGGAAGCGCUGGCCGGCUGGUGCUCCGAGGACGACUGCCUGGCCGCCGUCCGGAGCGUCCACGCGCAGACGGGGUACGUCAUGGACACGCACACCGCCGUGGCCCAGGCGGUGGCCGACAGGCUGCAGGACGGCUCGUGUCCCGUGGUGCUCUGCGCCACCGCUCACUACGGGAAGUUCGCUCCCUCCGUGUUCAGAGCUCUGGGUGUCCAGAACGCUCCGGAUGAUCCCGUCCGGCAGCUGGAGAGACUGGGAGCUUGUGCGUCCGGACCGGAAAUCCACGGGGCGAUGGUGAAAUGCUUGAAGGAAGGCGGCAGGAGGAAACACGCUGUGUGCCGGCCGGAUUACGCAGUGCUGGUGGAGCAGGUGGAGAGCAUGAUAGAGGACUCUUUCCUUCAAGUCACAUAGACUUAAAUAAAGUGUUUCUCAUCUUCUACCUGAAAAUUCACAUUGUUUAUGUCUCCUGUUUGAACUCUGUGAUGACCACAUGUCAAAACAAAGCUGCGUCUUCGAGGCUCACGUUCAGUUUGUGUAAUCAAAAGCAGGUCUGUGGACUCAGAGGGAAUCGAACCAGUGUGAACCACUUCACCACCGGCACACUGUGUUAAGUAAGAGCAACAAUGAGUAGAAGUUAUGAAGAAACGUGUGUAAUUGAAAAGGCCAAAUCCUGCAUGAACCUUCAUGAUUGAGACAAAUGCAACAGUUCACUUUAAUUUUCACAGGACAAGGAUGAUUUAUCGUAAGGCUUAUUGAUCAUAACAUGUUUUUAUACAUCGUUAUCUGGACUGGGGGCCCAUUAGAUGGGAGUGUCCAUCUUAUGGCCGGUGUCGCGUGUGGAGAUCUCGUGCCCGAGUUUCGCUCUAUUGUGUUGCUGCCAGGCGAAGGUCACACUGCAGUGGAGUCAGUAUCGGCUGUUCUUCGCCAACACGUUUCCCCACUAAAAAAUACCGACAGAAGAACAACUUCUAACUUUUUAUUCUCAAUAUUUCAAGUUGUUUAAAUUUAUACCAUAUUUUAUUGUCAAUAUUCCUUCUUUGUUUCACAACCUACAACUUUUCCUCAGAAUGUUAUUGCAAUUUUAAUGGGCUUUAUAAACUUUAGUUGACAUACUUCUGGAGCAGAAGGACCAAAAACUCACUUCAUCUUGAUUUUCAGCGUGAACACAGUCGGUGAAAGCGUCGGCUGCUUUGUUUUGUGUCCGAAAAGUUAGCAGAGGGAUCAGUGGCUCGUGGCGGCCAAACGCUCACGGAGAUGCCACUUUAUGAUCCUUUGAUGUUGCCUCCUCUGAUCACUGGAAGAGAAUUCACUAAGCGCUGUGUUUUUAUUAUUGUCAGUAAAAGGCAAUAUACCAGAAUCAUUUAAUUCGUGGCGAUGAGACUCGUGGGAAUGAGUCACUGUCUUGACCAGGUGUUGUUGUUUUCUCUGUGGCCAUUCAGAGGCUAAUAUUUCACCUUGAGUCUCAAUACAAGGACUAUAAAAUGUUGACCUCAUUUUCAACUUUAUCAUAGAGUUUCAUUCAGUUUAUUGUUCACCUAUUGUCCUUCCUUAUUUAUGUGACAAUGCUGAAAUGGAUUGGUUUCACUUGACUUUUUCAUCCUGGCAUAUUUUAUAUGUAAAGAUGUAAACCUGAUGAAGGCAGAAUGCUAAAACUCGGUGGGCCCUGUCUCUCCGGCCGUCAGUCCGGUCAUUUAAGUCCAGGUGCUGGCUCAGCAGUCCGAGCGAGAGCAGAGAGCACGAUAAGUUUCAUAGAUCUCCAGGACUGCUUAUGACUGCAGUUGGUGAAAUAGAUGGAAAGUCGAGCCAGAUUUGACGAAGCACUUUGCUGCUUUACCCUCAGAUCUGGAUCACUGCCUCUUUUUCUCUCUCUCUGCAUUAACUAAAAGCAAAAGUGGUUUGUGGUUCUAUUUUAUCUGUAUUUUCUAAACCUACUGCAUUUUUCCAGCUAGCAUUACCUUGUUUUCUUUUAAUAAUUUCAUUCAAAAAGGCUGAAAAAGAUCUGUAAAAAUCUAUUUAUAAAGACUGUGAUCCUGU